AUGAAGAUUAAGCUUCUGAUUAGUUGUAUCCUGGUUGUCAUAGUAACCGCUGCGCCACAGGACAAUGUACUAAAACAACUGGAAGAAGACUUACAGCAAGCAUUCAAAGUAGGAGGGGAACUCCAUCUUAACAAGAAAAAUGCCGGUUUCCAAGGCCUCACGGCGGGUCAGAAACAGGACUUGGUCAACUUUCAUAACCAAGCUAGAACUGAGGUAUCCCCUACCGCAUCUAACAUGCUAAAAAUGUCGUGGAGUGAUGAACUUGCUGCUGUAGCCCAAAACUACGCGGAAAGGUGUGUAUGGUCCCACAAUCCAUCGAGGUCAGAGGCGCCGUCAUUCAGCUACGUUGGCGAGAACCUGUUUCUCACAUCCGGAACAUAUAACGGCGAGGGUGUAGUAAAUUCCUGGGUCAGUGAGGUAAAGAAUUACAACUACGCCACACUCGGCUGCACAUCAGUAUGUGGUCACUAUACACAGGUUGUUUGGCAUGACUCGGAGUUUGUUGGAUGUGGUGCCGCUCAGUGUGGAUCUAUUUUUGGUCUGAGCAGUGGCUGGGCCGAUUCCAUCAUAGUCGUCUGUAACUAUGGGAAGGGAGGUAACUACCGUGGAAGGCAGCCCUACACACAGGGUAGAUCCUGUUCAGCGUGCCCCUCCGGUAAAGUAUGUCAGAACAGACUGUGUGCUAACCCCGGGGACACGGGAACAUCUGGAUCCAACAACGGCAGUGGCAGCCCAACUUGCACUUAGUAACCUAGGAUCCCAACAUGCACCUAGUAACCCUAGACCCCAACAUGCACCUAGUGACCCUGGACAUUUCGGUCGAGGCAUUGACAACCAAUAUUCAACUGUUUUCACUUUGUACAUGUAAAUGAAACGAUAAUAAAUAAAGUUUGCAAUGUAAA